GCGCAUAAAGCCUCUGGCCACCUGCAGGGCUCCUGCUGCGCCGGCCACCGACUGGGACUCACCUUGCUGAAGCUUGAGCCUCGGCUUCUGUCAUCUCUGUGGCCUCCGUCGCCUCUGUUGCUGUCCCCUUCAGGCCCGGAGCCCCGCGAGCCCCGGCCGCGCACGCGGACAUGGGCGGCAGCGCCAGGGCGCGCUGGGUGGCGGUGGCGGUGGGCGUCCUGGGGGUGCUGUGCGCUGCGCUCGGUGUUGUCAUGAUCCUCUUGGUGCCCUCGCUCAUCAAGCAGCAGGUGCUGAAGAAUGUCCGAAUAGACCCCAGCAGCCUGUCCUUUGGGAUGUGGAAGGAGAUCCCGGUCCCAUUCUACCUGUCCGUCUACUUCUUCGAGGUGGUCAACCCCAACGAGGUCCUAAAGGGUGAGAAGCCGGUAGUGCGGGAGCGUGGACCCUAUGUCUACAGGGAAUUCAGACACAAGGCCAACAUCACCUUCCACGACAAUGACACAGUGUCCUUUGUGGAGCAUCGCAGCCUCCAUUUCCAGCCCGACAGGUCCCGGGGCUCGGAGAGUGACUACAUUGUACUGCCUAACAUUCUGGUCCUGGGUGGCUCAGUAAUGAUGGAGAACAAGCCUGCAGGCCUGAAGCUGAUGAUGACCUUGGGGCUAGCCACCCUGGGCCAGCGUGCCUUUAUGAACCGGACCGUCGGUGAGAUCCUGUGGGGCUAUGAUGAUCCCUUCGUGAAUUUGAUCAACAAAUAUUUCCCAGACAUGUUCCCCAUCAAGGGCAAGUUCGGCCUGUUUGUUGAGAUGAACAACACAGACUCUGGGCUCUUCACUGUGUUCACGGGCGUCCAGAACUUCAGCAGGAUCCACCUGGUGGACAAAUGGAACGGGCUCAGCAAGAUCAACUAUUGGCAUUCGGAACAGUGCAACAUGAUCAACGGGACUUCUGGGCAGAUGUGGGCCCCAUUCAUGACACCCGAGUCCUCGCUGGAAUUCUUCAGCCCUGAGGCCUGCAGGUCCAUGAAGCUCACCUACCAGAAUUCAGGGGUGUUUGAAGGCAUCCCCAUCUAUCGCUUCACGGCCCCCAAAACUCUGUUUGCCAACGGCUCCGUCUACCCACCCAAUGAGGGCUUCUGCCCGUGCCUCGAGUCCGGCAUUCAGAAUGUCAGCACCUGCCGGUUUGGUGCGCCCCUGUUUCUGUCACAUCCUCAUUUCUACAACGCGGACCCCGUGCUGUCCGAAGCCGUCCUGGGUCUGAACCCCGACCCAAAGGAGCAUUCCUUGUUCCUAGACAUCCAUCCGGUCACUGGGAUCCCCAUGAACUGUUCUGUGAAGUUACAGCUGAGCCUCUACAUCAAGUCUGUCAAGGGCAUUGGGCAAACAGGGAAGAUCGAGCCGGUGGUCCUGCCGCUGCUGUGGUUUGAGCAGAGCGGGGCCAUGGGCGGCGAGCCCCUGAGCACGUUCUACACGCAGCUGGUGCUGGUGCCCCAGGUGCUCCACUAUGCGCAGUAUGUGCUGCUGGGGCUGGGCGGCCUCCUGCUGCUGGUGCCCAUCAUCUACCAGUUGCGCAGCCAGGGUCCCAAAGACGCCGUGAGCCCCCCAAACCUGAUAGCUUGGUCAGACCAGCCACCCAGUCCCUACACCCCGCUUCUUGAGGACUCCCUCAGCGGCGGACAGCCUGCCAGUGCCACGGCCUGAGCCCCCAGAGGUCACACCUGUCCGCACAGCACGCGUGUGCCCAGGCGUGUGCAGAAACACUCAGGGACCAAGGACAGACCUGCCGCGGAGGGCGCCUGCCGGACCACAGGCACUCUCUUCCAAGUGGCCUGUGAGCCAGGCCGUGGGGACUGCUGUGACCCGACCGCCACCGGCCCCUCCUGUGGGGCGCUGGCUCUGCCCAGGGCCCUCAGACUUCAUGCUCCCCUUUGUCUUCCAUCAUCAGGCUGAAAGCCUCAGUCCCCAUGGAAGACAGAACUGUCACUCCUAGGGGCUGGGCGUGCAUCGGCCUCUUGUGCCAAGGCCAGGCAAGCAGUUCCAGGUCCUGAUGGGUGUGCACACACACACUCGGGAGCUGUGUCUGGCCCUCUUCCUCUAGUCUCCUGCUAUGUCACCUAAACACUGAAUUUGGCCACUUACAGUGGCCAAGGUGGCAGGCCCCUCAGGGUCCUUAGUUUUCAGGUAUAGUGUCAAAAGUAGAGAGGUGUGGGCCUUAGACGGCCUGGCACCUGGUCCCCUGGUCCCCUGGUGUACCUCCCCGGAAGAUGGGGGACAAGGAGGCCCAGCACCCCGCAACUGCCCCUUUUUCUACUGGAAGAGAAAUUUUAUCAUCUUUUGAAUGAAACUCAUGAUUGAAACAAUAAAACCUUUUCACAAAUUCAA